CCAAUCACUUCCAUUCCAUAUAACAGAAUGUUUAUUAUCUGUUACUACAGAUCGCUAACCACAGUAAAUGAACCUGCUUGAUUAUGGCUAACAGAUACGUUGGUAAUUUCCCAGUAGAUUAAGUCAGGUGACUACUUUUAAGAAACGCUUCAGGGGACAGGCACUCAAGUGUUAUUUUCUGAGUGUAUUUACUGACGUACAGUCAUGCGAAAUUUUCGCAAUUUCAAAGACAAUACGAGAGGGUUAUUGCAAUCAAGUGCUUGAGCAAUUUUCAAUGCUUUUAGUUUUGGUGAAAGUUUCCCCAGAGAUUUGAAAUCUCAACGCUCUGAAACUGUGCACGUAAAACUACAAAUUAAUUAAGAAGAAAGAAGAAGUCAUUUCGCAAAAAUGAACAGUAUUGAAAGAAGUAAUAAUUCCUGCACCCUCCCCUCGCGUGGUGACGAAACUUAGGGAUCCGUGCGUGACGUCACGCAUUACCGUUCAAGCGGCUAAACCGCUAAAGAGAUUCAAUUCCCAUAAAUUUUUAAUGACAGAAAAAGACGGAAGAAUUUCUUUUGUAGUCAGCACAACAUAGUGGCGAAUAAGCUUUUCGGCUACUUAGGGAAUGAUCUCUCGUCUGAGGAGUAUAUUGAUAUCGAGAAGUUUGUUUACAAGUCUAUUCAAGUGAUUUGUUUUCGUUAAGGAUUGUGUGGUUGGUCGAAGACAUCGUCGAUAGUGCAUUGUUUGAUCGCUUUGUUUGAAGCGGUUUAUUUGAAAGCUGUACGCCAUUGAAUUCUAUUUUGAUCGGGAAACUGUCUAUUCUUCUCUUCCAAACUGUAUCAAAGGUAUAAAAGAGGGGAGACUUCGCUUAUUCCGACGAUCUAAUGUCUACCUCACCAUACAGUCCUACAGAGAGUAGUUACUGGUCAUCACCAAGAUUAAAAAUACCCAUUAAAGCUGUUAACCUUGACUUCAAUCACAAUGUUGGAGUUUUGCAAGUAGCAGCAUCUGGCAAAUCUCUGAGUGAACCAUCUUCUCCUCAGCUUUGGCACAAAGUUUCAAACACAGAUCAUGUUGAAGUUCAUAGACAUCCAGAAAAAAACCAAGCAGCUCAUAGUGGCACAUUAAAGACAAGACAAAAACAUGUGACAAGAAAAUAUAGUGAUAAUACUGAGCUAGCAGAACUAUUAGCUGAACACCAAGAGAGGCAGUUAAGGAGCAUGCAGGGUCUAAACACUGGGAUACAACAGCCUUGGGGAUCAAGCUUGAGACUUAAUGAACUUCACAUGCAAACAAAUGCAAGUGACAAUGGACUUACUGGCUUCACAGGACAAAUGCCUUUAAAUAAUGGAACNACCGCCUCCCGGUUAGCUCAAUUGAAAACACUGAAACCAAAAUGGCGGCUCACUCGAGAUUUACCAAGCUUGCUGACCGAUGUAUUUUUGGUCACGUUUUUGUUUGUUUUUGAUAGGAGAGAAAAGCAGAGUUUGGAGCGGUAUCUGAAGGAAGUGCCAACCGUCGAAGAAUAUCAGAAGUUAAACAAAACUCUUAAAGAUGUUCGUGAUGAGUGUGAAAAACUGAAAGAAACUAUAUCCGCUAAAGACAAGAAGCUGACCCGCAUAAGCAAAGCGUUUGGAAACAAGGAUGACGAGGCAAAGAAGUUAACAGUGGAAAAUACUACUUUGAAAGAGAACAUGCAAAGACUUCAGGUUUCUCUCGAUAAAAUCAGCAACGAUGGUCCCGUGUCGCUGAUAAACUUUGAGGAUCUCAAGAUGGAGAAUGAAAGGUUACAGGUGGAACUUGACCGAACGAAGAAGGUGCUAGAGAACAAGCACAAGAAGAUGAAGACUCUUCACUGUCAAACACAGAAGGAGCAGAAAAGCUUGGAGGAACGAUUAACGCAAGAGGAGGAAAUGGUCCAUGCUUUGCGAGAUGAACUUGUAGCGAAAGAAAAUUCACUUGAAGAGGUCAGGAAAGCAGUUAAGGAGAUUGCUUCUCACAAUCAGGAUUUGCUGGAAGAGAACUUAAACCUUCAAUGCCGUUGUGAGCAGUUACAAAAGCUGAAUUCGAAAGAAAAAUUGGAAUCUCAGAGAAAACUCUGGAAAGAGCUCUCUGAAUGUACAGGGGAACUCAAGGCUGUUGUGCAAGUUUGUCGGGAAAGAAGAGAAGGAAAAGAUCCUGAUAUGUCUGUUUUGCUUGGGCUCAGAUCAACUUCUAUCGAUGAAGACGAAAGUGAAAGCAAAGACACGUCCGAUGACGUCGAUACCGUAAAAUCGAAAAUAGACAAAGUUCAACAGCUACGGUCAGAUGUAGAAGGCUUACGGAAGUUUAUCUCCGAUCAAUAUGCUGAGGACAUUGGAAAUAACUGCAGGAUGCAUUGAUGAAAAGAAGUGUUUGAAAUGUGCUUCCACUUGCAGAGGGUCAAGCUUAGUGUUCAUCGCCCUAAUUUAGCUGUGGCAGAAAACGAGUGGACCAUGCAACCUGACAAGGAAGGGGGGAAUAUUACGAGUUGUCCAUGCAACUUGACAGGGGAGGAGUGACGUAAUACGAGUGGUCUGGGCAACUUCAUCGGGGAGGGGCGAGACUCAAUAAUGAAUAUGACUGGAGUAAACCUAUGCACCAUGAAGGGUUUCAAAUUAUUAUUAAUUUAAAGACGCUGAAAUUUAAACUUAUUGUGUAGCUGCAUUGGUGUGAAUUAAUCCAAAAAUAAUCUCCUGUAAAGUCGCUCUUUGGAAUGUAGUGCAACUUUUGGACAGCAAAGAGAUUUGAAGAGUCUUACGAUGCGCCAUUUUCUAGAGGUGAAAAAAUCUCUACCAUAGCUAUGAAUGGAAAUUGUUUUGAAAUUUCUGACGAUCAUCCCCGUUGAUGUUUUUCAGAAUGAGUGACCCCUCUCCGAAACAUACAAAGCCAGGAAAACGGCGUUGUAAACAACUGUAAUUACAAUCCACUGUAUUAAAGAUUCUCCCUCGUUUUUUUUUUCCAUUCAAGUUCGUGUGAUAGUUCUUCCGUUCGUUUUGUUCUUGAACCGAGGCAUGACAGCUAUUAGUUUAUAAUUUAUUGACAGAAGAGUUGAGUAAUGCAGUCAAAUAAAAAUAAUUUAGUCAAAGUUAUCACAUGUGUUGUAUCAUACGUAAAGGGUGUAAAGAAAUGAAUUGAAUGAAAGAGAAUUAUAGCAUUAUUAAACCUUUCUUUUUGUGAGA